AGCGGCCGCUGUAGUUCCCUUAGAAGCGAGACCAAGAAUUAGAAUAUUGACAAUAAUUACCACUAUUGCUAUUCUUAACAUCAUAGUAAUAAUAGUAAUAAAUAGCAUUCUCAUUUCAUUUGCCACGCCCGUUCCGACGGGCUGAGGCCAACAUGCUCAUGCUGAAGUUUAGCGAGCAGAAAUAAUGGCACCCCAGGUUCGUCAAAACUACAGCCAAGAUGUGGAGGCGAUCAUUAACCGCCAGGUCAACAUGAAUCUGCAUGCGUCCUAUGUCUACCUCUCCAUGGCGUCCUACUUUGAUCGCGAUGACGUGGCUCUGAAGAACGCACGCAAGUUCUUCAAGGAGUUGUCCGACAAGCAGCACGAGCACGCCGACAAGCUGCUCGCGUACCAGAACAAGCGCGGCGGCCGUGUGGUGCUGCAUGAUAUCAAGAAGUCGGAGCUUGAUGAGUGGGGACAUAUUUUGGAGGCCAUGGAGACUGCUCUGCAGCUGCAGAAGAGCAUCAACCAAUCUCUCCUGGAUGUACAUGGGCAGGGUCGCGAGAAGAAUGACCCACAGCUGUGCGACUUCCUGAAGGACUUCCUGGACGAGCAGGUGGAGUCUAUCAAGAAGUUGGGUGACCACGUCACCAAUCUGAAGCGCCUGGGCGUUCCUCAGUCUGGCUUGGGCGAGUACCUCUUUGGGAGACUCACUCUGGGAGACUGCAGCUAGGUGCUCUCCCACUCUCACACCCCCCCCCCCCCCCCACUAAACCAUUCAUUCAUAAACACACUCGCUCACUCACCCUCGCAUACGACACUCAUUCAUUCUAGAUUUGAAGCUUUCGUGACUGCAAGGAUUCAUACUCUUAGG